AUGAAAAAGUUGAAAUUCGUCCUAAAUAGUGACAUCUCAGGUGGACUUGGACUGUCGAUAAAACUGAAACAGUUGAAUAUGAAUGAUUACAUUGUACUUGAAAGACGAGAAAGUGUUGGCGGAGUAUGGCACGAUAAUAAAUACCCGGGCUGUGCAUGUGAUGUACCAUCAAAUUUGUAUUCCUUUUCAUUCGAACCUUAUUCAAAAUGGAAUCAUACAUUUGCUCGCCAGCAUGAAAUACGGAAAUAUUUAGAAUAUCUUACUGACAAACAUAAUUUAAGACCUAAAAUACAAUUCAAUGCAAAAGUAACAGAAGCUCAAUGGUUAGAUGAUCAAAAUCAAUGGAAAGUGACGAUCGAUAAUGGACGACAUUUCUAUAGCCGGUUUUUGGUCAGCGCUCACGGCUCACUGUCAGAUGCUCACAUUCCUAGAGAUAUCAAUGGCAUUGACCAGUUCAAAGGUAACAUGUUCCAUUCAGCUGAAUGGGAUAUGACAUAUGAUUUGAAAGGUAAACGUGUCGCUGUUAUCGGCACGGCUUCCAGCGCUUUACAACUAGUACCAGUAAUUCAAAAAGAAGUCAAACAGUUGUAUGUCUUUCAACGUACACCACAGUGGAUAAUUCCGGUAGCAGAUCGAAAAAUAAUCGACUUUGAAAAAAAACUAUAUGAGCGUUUACCACUAAUACAACAAGUAAUACGCGCUAUUAUCUUUUGGAUGAGGGAAACAACAGUCUUAUCGUUUGCGUAUCAAUGGCCAAAUAAAAUGCUCAGUGAGCAUUUGGUCAAAUACUUUCUAUCGAAACAAGUCAAAGAUCCUGAACUGCGAAAAAAACUGACACCAAAAUGGGAAUUAGGUUGUAAACGAGUAUUAUUCAGUAGUGAUUGGUAUUCGGCAUUACAGGAAUCAAACUUGAAAUUAGUUACUGAUAGCAUAAAACAAAUCAAUGAACAUUCAAUAUUAACCACUAAUGGUGACAACUACGACUUGGAUACAAUUAUUUGGAGUACCGGUUUUAAAGUUCGGGAAUGUCCGAUACAUAUUCGUGGCCUAGGCGACAUUUCGAUUAAUGAACAAUGGAAACAUAGCAAACAAGCCUACAAAUGCAUUACCGUACUCAAUUUUCCCAAUUUAUUUUUUCUCGUAGGACCCAAUACUGGUGUGGUUCAUAAUUCUGUAAUAUGGAUGAUCGAAAGCCAGAUCACAUAUAUUCUCGAAACAAUAGAAUAUAUGAAACAGAAUCAUUUCAACAAGUUUUUAGUUAAACAACAAGCAUUCCAACAAUACAAUGAUUAUUUACAAGUACAGCUGAAAAAGUCGGUAUGGCAAUUGAGCAGCAAAUCGCAGUCCCGAGAUACAAUAAGUCCAAAUACACGAACGUGGCCAGGUUUCGCGUGGUCCUAUCGAUUCAUGACGCGUCGUUUUGAUCACGAGAAUUAUGAUUUGUUUUAUAAUAAAGAUCAAAUUGGCACUCUGAAACACAAAAAAUGUAUAUAA